CCGCCCCCCCGCUCCCAUUAACAGCAGCGGCGAGUACCAGGAGUACGGCAACUACCACCCGCACCUCCCGAUAAAGAGCGAACCAUCGGGACAGUCGGAGUCUGCAUACGGCGCGUACGGCAUGCCGUCCUCCUACCUGGGACUGCAAGGCGGCAGCUACACGAGUUACCAGGCGCAGGCUCCCCACUCGGACGGAUACAACGGCACCAUGACGAUCGUGCAGACGCCGUUCAGCCACGUGUCGCCGCCCGCGAGCCCCGACACUCACCUACCGGUCAUCAGACACAACCAGUUCCUACCGCCUGGAGCCCCGAGCCCGAACCACGCGAUGCAGCAUCACCAUCACCAUCACCAUUCCCCCGACAUGAUGCACCAUCAGUUCCCCGUGUCGCAACGCCUCUCCCAUCACCACCACCACCAUUUCUCCAACAUCAGGGUGAUGACGCCACCCGCAUCGCCACACCUUGCCAACCUCCGACACCAUCCGCACCACCUGCACACCGCGUCGCCCUCCGCCUUCCUUCCGGGCGAUCAACAAGGACAGCCGCCUCCAAAGACGAAGCGAGGGCGAAGACGGUGGGGGCGCAAGAAGGUGACGACGCACACGUGCACAUACGCGGGGUGCACCAAGACGUACACCAAGUCGUCGCACCUCAAGGCUCACCUCCGCACGCACACGGGCGAGAAGCCGUACCAGUGCAGCUGGAAGGGCUGCGGUUGGAAGUUCGCGCGCUCGGACGAGCUGACUCGCCACUACCGCAAGCACACCGGCGACCGCCCGUUCCAGUGCCGCCUCUGCGAGAGGGCGUUCUCGCGCUCCGACCACCUGGCCCUCCACAUGAAGCGCCACAUCGCCGUGUGAACUUCCCUGCCCUGACUGGACUGUGAUAGCCCCGCGUCGACGAAGUGCGGACUUCCCCAUGCGUCCAGCCGUCGAAUGGCCUGACCAGGGAGCAUUUGCUCUCUGUUUUAUCGCUAAUUGCAAAUCACGUCUUCUUCAUCUCCACUGUGUUUUAUUCUGAAGACAUCUUGAGCGCUGUGUUUUUUGUGAGCGAAGUGAGAGGAACACCUGAUUCUCUGCAGCGGGGCAAUGCAUCUCGAGUCCUUGUCAGAGAGCGUAAACUGUGUUUGUAAUUUGAAAAGCAAUUUUCGAAAUAAGCCUCCAUGCUGGGGUACAACCUCAGUUGUCUGUGAUAACUGCACAGAGUGCACGAAGGACAGUAGUUCCGGAAGCGUACGUUUUAUGAAGACGGACAAGACUGCUUUCGGACAAACAAUUCCGCCGAACACAAAGGCAUGGUCAGGACGCGGUGUGUAGGUGGCAAAUCUUCGGUCAGGGCACGCGGUGUGAAGAAAGACGAAACCUUGGUUCGGACGCAGAGGACUCCUUUACAACACACAAAUGACUAAGGACGCGUCUGGGCCCCUUGACGGCCUAAAACUGUUUAUUUGGUGAACGCGGUCACACUUUAGAGGGACACAGAAACUGUAACAAAGGAGUGAGGGUUCUGUGUGGUAACAAAAUUCAGUGACUUGAUCGUGUGUUCCGAAUUCUGAGGCCGUUCAGCCCUGCGUUCCUCCGGAACACAUAAAAGACUACUCAACGUCGCAGUCCGGAAGCCGCGAUUCAUAUUUUGACGUUAGUUAUGUUACAUUGACGUGGCUCCUCCAAAAGCAAAACAAUGAACUACGACAACUGAAAUCUGUCUGGCAGCGAAAUUCUUCGUAGCUGCAUUUGGCUCGCAAGUUUAAAAUUAUUUCGUUCUGUGUACUUCAGCUGUUCCACAGCUUGGCAUACAAGGCGAACAGUGAGGAGGACGAGUUCCGUAUUUGUCCAAAUUAUGUCGAAGAGGACGAGCCUCUUUUUGUAAGGCAAAUUGCAUCUCUGUACCGGAAGACAGAAUUGCAGGUUUGCAUGUUUUGGUUUCUCGAGGGGCAAUCAACGACCGGAGACGGUCGCUAAACGAUGCACCGAUGGAUUUUUUUUUUUUUUUUUUUUUUGCGUGUGGAUCUUUACAGAACACGGACUCUGUGAAGAUAAUCAGAAGUCAAAUAACCUGACGGUGAGGUGAGCCUUAAAACAUUUUCAAAUUUCUGUCAAACCACAACUGAGACACGCGGCUGAUUUGUAUUCCAGUCGAUAUAAAUUCUAAAAAUAAAAAUAUAUUAAUUUUUUCUCUUUAACACCACGUCUGGUGGGAACCAACUGGCCGAAUCUUGAACGCGAUGAAUUCGAUCCGACGCCCAGAUAAACAGAUCGUGGAACUCCAACUUCACGACCAACGCAAUUACGAAAAGCACAGAGUCGAAACGCGGACUGGCAUGAAGUUUGACUACAUAAAUUGUGGAAUAUAAAGAAAUGUUAUUAAAAUUAUGUAUUUUAAGUUACCGUCUAUAAUAAUAAAAUAUUAUAUAUUUAUUUUGUCGCAA